AUAUGAUUGCUCUCUUAUCUCUUUUCCUAUAGUCUUUUGCUUUCCUUUCACUUGUAGAUGAGCAAUUCCAGUUCCAAUAGCUCGUCAUGCCCGGAUCCAAAUCCCCCCAAAACGGGGUCUCGGAAUCCUCGAGCUCACGAACUGAUGAAGAAACCCCUCUCCUCUACGACAACGACCAGCUGAAGCCCCCCUCCAACCAAACCACCACUGAAGAAACCGUCGUCGUCGACGAGAUCUCAAAUAGACUCCUUGUAGUAACCCUCGGCAGCAUCUACUUUGGCGUCUUCCUUGGCGCUCUCGACAGCACUAUAAUCGCAACCCUUUCCGCGCCCAUCUCCACAUCUUUCAACUCACUCUCCCUUCUCUCCUGGCUUGCAUCCGCCUAUUUAAUCGCCAAUGCAGCAUGCCAGCCCCUCUCCGGCCGCCUCACCGAUAUCUUCUCCCGUGGCACCGGGCUCGUCGUUUCCAACGCCCUGUUUGCGGCCGGGAACCUGAUUUGCGGUUUGGCGACGACCGAAUGGACUAUGAUAGCGGGCAGAGUGGUGGCCGGGAUGGGCGGUGGGGGAAUGAUGGCCAUCAGCACAUUUGUGGCCAGUGAUCUAGUGCCAUUGAGGAAGAGGGGCGUGAUCCAGGGCAUAGGCAAUAUCUGUUAUGGCGCGGGCGCGGGUCUAGGCGGGUUGUUUGGGGGCUGGGUGAACGAUACUUGGGGGUGGAGGGUUGCGUUUUUGAGCCAGGUACCGUUGGUGGUGGUUUCUGGGACUCUGGUGUUCUUCACCGUCAAGAUUCCGGCGAAGACGAGCGCCAAGUCGAAAUUGUCGAGGGUAGACUUUUCCGGCGCUUUCACCCUCGUUGUCACGUUGGUGCUUCUGCUCCUGGGUCUCAAUUCCGGAGGCAAUAUCGUGCCUUGGACACACCCACUUGUCUUGAUAUCCCUAAGCCUCUCAGUGGUGGCAUUGGCGGCCUUUGUAUGGGUUGAAGCAAACUGGGCGAAGGAACCUGUCAUCCCUAUUAAGCUCUUGCUCAACAGGACAGUUCUAGCUUCAUGCCUCACGAAUUGGUUUACGACCAUGGCCACAUUCAUGACGACCUUCUACAUCCCCAUCUUCUUCCAAGUCAAAGGAUUAUCCACCACUGCAGCUGGCCUCUACCUUAUCCCCCAGAGCAUCGGCGCAUCCGUCGGCUCUCUCGGUUCCGGUAUCAUCAUGAACCGCACGGGAAAAUACAAAGCGCUCGGGUUGCUCGUCCUCACUACAUUCGUCGUCGGCACCGGUCUCCUAAGCACGCUGACAUUCCGCACCCCGGAAAGGAUCGCCUUCAUAUAUGCCUUCCUCAUCGGCACGGGCUACGGCGGCAUGCUCACCGUCACGCUCCUCGCGACCAUCUCCGCCGUGUCGCACGACCACCAAGCCGUCAUCACCUCGGCGACCUACGCCUUCCGCUCCACAGGCUCCACCAUCGGCAUCACCAUCGCGUCGGCCGUGUACCAGAACCUGCUCCUCUCGGGCCUGCACCAGCGCUUCGACGGGCGCGACGGCGCAGCAGAUCAGAUCCGCCGCAUCCGGGACUCGCUCGAAGAGCUGAAGAAGCUGCCGCGCGGCUGGCAUGAUGGCGUUUUUGAAGCGUAUAGCAUCGCGCUGCGCGGUGUGUUUUUGACGGCUCUGGGCUUGGCUCUUCUGGGUCUCGUGGCUGGCGCUUUUAUGAGGCAGCAUACGCUGCAUAGCAGUAUUAAUCGUAGGGAUAGCCAUUAGAUUGGCUUGGUCCCUAGGUAAUUCUCCGGUGGGUAGGUGGGUAUUUAGAUGUUAUAUAUGUAUAUACCUAUAUAGAGAGAGAGAACAAAUGCGUGUUAUAGAAGAGAUCUAUAGACCUUACUUUACGAAUAGAUACAUAC